CCGCCGGGAGGGACGCAGAAAAAAAACAUGCGUGUUGACCUUCACAAACUUUGGAGAUCCAAGCUUAGCGCAUCUGUGCAAGUAAAAGCUUUGUGCGUCAGUAACCCCGCCGUGGCUCGACCAUAGCGCACAUUCACAGCUGAAAGUGGCAGAUAAUAAGCACUAAAGACUAGAGGUGGGGAAAACGAUUCAACAUGGCUCCAAAAAAGAGAGGGACAAGGAAAAGGAAAACCGAGGAGACACUGGAAGGAGACAAGGAGGAAGAGGGGGCUGGAGACAGGGGGGAAGAAAGGGAGAUAAAGAGGGGAGACCGUGGAAACAAGAAAUAUAUAGGGGCUCAUGUUGGCAUUCAAGGUGGGAUAUGGAAAGCAGUGGCGUCCUGCACGGAGAUGGGAGGCCGUAGCUUCGCCCUGUUCCUCGGCUCUCAGCGCUCAUGGAAGAGGCCUGCGCUGGACCAAGCCGCAGCUGCCAAAUUUCAGGAGCAGUGCACCCUGCAGGGGUUCGACCCGGCUCACAUCCUGCCUCACGGCUCCUACCUGAUGAACUGUGGAUCUCCUAAAGAGGAUGUGUUUGAGAAGAGCCAGGCCUUGCUUGUGGACGAGCUGAGCCGCUGCAGCGCCCUGGGCCUCAACCUCUACAACUUCCACCCGGGCUCCUCGCUGGGCUCCAUCACCACCGAGCAGUGUGUGGACAAGAUAGCGGCGGCCAUUAACCACGCUCACCGGCAAACCCCUGCUGUGGUUACAGUGUUGGAGAACAUGAGUGGUCAGGGCAGCACGGUGGGCGGUAAAUUCUCCGAGCUGAGGAGCAUCAUAGACAAGGUGAGAGACCAGACCAGAGUAGGAGUGUGUCUGGACACCUGCCACGCCUUUGCAGCAGGAUAUGACCUGGCUGCAGAGGGAGGAGUGAAGGCGAUGCUGGAUGAGUUUGAUCAGGUAGUCGGGCUUCACUAUCUCAAAGCAAUCCAUCUCAACGACUCCAAAGGUAAGCUGGGCUGCCACCUUGACCGUCAUGAAGACAUCGGGAAAGGACACAUCGGAAUCUCGGCUUUCCGAGAUGUUGUCAACGAGCCCAGACUGGACAACAUCCCUCUGAUCCUGGAGACACCUGGAAGGCCGGGAUUUGAGUAUGCCGAGCAGAUUGAGCUUCUGUAUUCCCUCUGUGAAAACAAGUAGAAAGAUACCCUGGAACACUUCUGAAGAUCUCCAUCGUGUUUUUAAGGACCAAGAAGGAGGAUCGAUGGUGCAGCAUCACCAAAAACAUUCCAAGUCUGUUCAGCGUGGACCGUUUCGAAGAGCUUUGGUAUCACACUAACGAGCAUGUUAAAAGUUGAAUAAAUAUGUUUAUUUUAUUCUUCUGA